CUUCAGAAAUGUCACUGUCACAUUGCAGUUUCAGAGUUGAAAAAAAAAUUAUACUAAAUUUCAGAUUUUCAGAAUUUUGUGUUAUUAAUCAGUUAGCAAUCUUGUGUCUACCUGUUUUAUAUUUAUCAAAAGUGUAUUUAAUAUAUCAAUAGUACUAAAUUAACCUUAAAAAAUGGUUGUUUGCAAAUUUUUUCAAGCUGGAUAUUGUAAAUUCGGGAAGAACUGUAGGUUUGAACAUAUUUAUGGAUCCAAAUACUCUUACCAUGCCAAUCCACAAACUCAACCCGCUCAACACACUCCUGCACAGACACUUCCUGGAGGCAUUACGAAUGAUCAACUAGUGAAACAAGUGCAGGCUGAUGUACAGGCUGCACUCCGAGGUGGCCAGUGGAUCCUUUCCUGCUACUCUCCCAUAAAAGAAAAGCCUAUAUUUCCAGGAAUUCAUGAUUUGUCACCUGAAGAAGUCAGACUUUUCAUAUAUGAGGCGAAAAAUACAAAUAAUGUUGAGCAAGCUGUUGCGUAUAUCAAUAAUAUGGUCAAAGAGACAAGACAGAAGUAUGAACAACUGCUACAACCAAACAUGGAUAUCAUCAAAGUAUUGAGAAGCCUCUACAAAGGAGAGACAGUUACUUCUCCAUUCUCUAGUGGGCAACAGAAUGUGUUCAGCAAUUCCAACAGUGCUGCAGCUUCCAUAUUCCGUAGUGCUGUUCAAUCAGGUCCAGUCACUAACCAAAGUGUGAAUACUGCCCAGUCAAUAUUUAGUCAAGCUCAAAGUACUAUUUUUAAUCAACAAGCUUCAGAUCCUGCAAAGCAAUUAUUUGCUCAAGCUUCUCAAAAUACUUUUGGGCCAAGUCAACCUGUAAAUAACAUAUUUGCACCAACAAACCAGAAGGUUGAUCCAAAAUCAGUGUUUGGUGUGGCUGCUCAAAACAAUUUAAAACCAACAAAUACAGAUCCUUCAAACAUAUUUGGUGCUGCUAACCAAAAUAUAUUUGGUAGAGCACCAAGUACAAAUCCCUCUCCUUUCAAUCAAGGGAAUGUUUUCCAACCAACUCAAAACCCCACUUCAAUAUUUGGCCAAGUCCAGAGUAAGUCAGUGGCUGGUGAUGAUCCCAAUUUAUAUAGUAAGAUGGAAGAUGUGGAUGAAGCAGAUCUAGAGGCAUUCAAGAGUGAUAGUUUUCAAUUAGGUUUUAUUCCUGAAAUACCUCCACCUUAUGAGUUAUGUACUGCUCAAUCAAGAACACAGUUAUUUAGUUAGGUAUAAAGUAAUUUAAUUAAAUUAAUAAUAAAGCUGUUAAGUUUAUGAGCAUAUCAAUAAAGUAUUGCAGACCAUAGGUAUGUACUUAAAGAGGUUAUUAGUGUUUAAUGUGGGUGUUAUUAAUUUAAUUGUGUAAUAAAUUGAACUGUCGGUUGCUAAUCAUUAUUAUUCACAUUACCUUUAAAUCAAUACAAGUCACUCAUUUACAAAGUGCUGGUGAGUCUGAUUAAGUUAAGGUCCAUAUGUAAUGUAGAUAUUUUAAUAAAAUUGUAGUAAUUGUUUAAAUUGACUGGUACAAGUUUAUAGCGUUUUUGUACUUUUAAGAAAAUUUACUGAU